AUGGGUGCCGCCUGCGGCAAGAACAAGGCAAAACAGCCCAAGAGGGCAGAUCCCAAGGAGUUGGAGGAGAAGAAGCGGAAGGAGGAAGAGGAAAAGGCUGCCGCCGAGGCUGCAGCUCGCGAAGCAGAGCAGCGAGCCAAGGCAGAGGCGGCCCGGGCUGAAGCGGAGGCAGCUGAAGCCAGAGCGCGGGAGGAAGAAGAAAAGGCAAAGGCAGAGGCGGAGGCAGCAGCAGCCGCAGCAGCUGCUGCUGAAGAAGCGCGCAAGGCCGAGGAGGAGGCGCGUCGGCAGAAGGAGGAGGAGGCGAGGAGAGCCCUUGAAGAGCAGCGAAGUGCCCAAGAACAAGCUAGAGAGCCGCAAACUGCAGAGGAAGCCGCUGUUGAACAGGCUGCGGAACAUCCACAAGAUCUGCAGAGUGGCGAAAAGGAAAAGCAGCCUGCAGCCGAAGAUAUUGCCAGCGAGGCCACUAUGGAAACCUCCCGCCCAAUGCACAAGGUAACAGAACCCGACCACGGAGCUGCUCACGGAGGCCGCAAAGUUCGCACCAUCACCCCUUGUGACAUGACAGCGGUGGAUGAAACAAGCAUGUACGUUAGCAAGCGCUGUGGUUGUGACAUCGGGGCCGAACACAACGAGAACUCGUGCCCCGUUUGCCGCUGCAUAGACCUCUCGGACGCUCCUCUUCUGAACUAA